UUUAGUUUGGACCUAGACUCCAUAUCAAAUACUUUGGAAUCAUCAACCUUCAUAAGAUUAACACCAAUGUGUUCAGUAGACCGUAUACUUUAAUUUGUAACAAUGAUUAUUAUGCACCAAAGAUUCAUUGACUUAUAAGAUUUCCUGUUCAACUGUCAAAGGGAAAAAAAUGAAGAGACAUUGAGCAACACUGUCAUCCUUUGGUGAAAAAGAUCAGUGUCCACUCUGUGUUGUGGAAUAUUACCUAUCUUAAAGCUGUUCUUCUGUUAAUGCUGUCUUUAUGUAUGCAUGUAACAAACACCAGAAGUGUUAGUAUACAGGUUGAUAAAUGAUUAAUGUCUUAAUCACAGUAAAUGCUGCAAAGCAUUAACUGUAUUGAGAUUUGAAACGUUUUUCUGCACUGAACUAGUCCCGCAUAAUUUCAUCUACAGAAACUAUUCAACUAUCAAAAUAUUGACCUUUUUUCAGCACAUUUUUUCUAUUAAAAUGAUUCGAAACAACUUUUCAAAUACUCUCCAGGUUUGUCUUCUUUCAACUUUUACUUCAACAUUCUUUAAGCUACAGACACCAUUUAAACUACAAAACAAUCUUAAGACCUUCAACUAUUAUGAAUAAAGGGACACUUCCAUUCCUCCAUAAUAUCUAUGCAGAGGAGUGAUCAUUUAUUCCCCUGUUUCCAGGGCAGCUAAAGAUGAGGUAAAUUCCUUCAAACCAGGAAGCACUGGUUCUUCUGGGAGGAGGAGCGAGAUUUUAUCGUUCCCACCGUCUCGGAGGAAGACGACCGGAUGGCCAGCGCCCACGACCCAUCGUUGCCAAGUUUCAUGACUUGAAGCAGAAGGAACUGGUUAAGAGCCGGGGCAGACAGCUGAAGGGAACCGACCAUAGCGUCAACAUUCAGUUCCCCAAGGAGAUCCUCGACCGCCGCCGCCGACUGUUCCCCAUCCGUAAAAAGUUCAUGGCAGAAGGCUGCAGGGCUGUCAUCAGCGUCGACAAACUGGACGGCAACAAAGAGCUUUACCGGGACCGGGAAGCAACUCUGUGGCUGUACUAGCAGGUGAAAAUGUUUUUCUUCUAUAUGAUCAUCACAGCUCUGUCUACAGCAGCUCUGACCAAAGGGGCUGUGAAAUGCAAAAUUGAAGUGAAUGAAACUACUCAGCACUGCAUUGCAAAACUUGAUGAGCCACUGACCUUUCAAAUACUCACUCACAAGAAAAAAACACAUUUGAAAAAGAGUAACAUUAACAUCUUAAGGGUAAACAAUGACAAGGUAGAGGAUAUAAAUGAGGACUAUAGAAGUCGCAUUACACAAUUAACAAAUGCAACUAUUACACUUGACGUGGUGAGAACGACAGAUUCUGGAAAUUACCUGCUGGAAACUUUUAACCAUGAAGGUCAAUUAUCACACACAACCAACUUUCAUCUAGAAGUACAAGCUCCAGUCUCAAAGCCAAACGUGUCACAGACGUGUUUGUCACCAGAACAGUCUGUCGUCUGCUGCUCCACUGAGGGAGACGGAGUAGAGUUCAUCUGGAGUUUGGACAACAACAUAUUGAUACAGACCAGAGCUGAGAGCACAAAUAAACCGACAUCUGAGGUUUCCAAUGUCACCAUCAGCUUACACGGCCAGCUCACUGGAAACUUAGCAUGUAUCACUCAGAACAACAUCAGCUCAGAACAAACUGUGAUCCAGCUCAGGAGCUGUAAAGGCCCCAUUUGUCAUCCUCCUUCAGUGACUGUGACUGCUGCUGUGGUAGCCAGCGUAUGCACUUUGCUUCUGCUUUUGGUUCCGUUUCUUUGUAUAAGACACUUACAUAAGACUCCAAGACCUGUGGCUGUUGAAGAUAAUGGUGAAAAUGAAAUAGUCUACUCUGAUGUUAGAGUGAAGCCUGCGAAGGAAAGAAGACCCAACACAUAGUAGCAAAGAAACCUAUUGCUCAUAAUAAAUUUAAUGGCAGAACAUUUGUAAUGGGAUAUGAUUUG